AUGCACACAUUGGCCGCUCUGUUACCGCUUCUGGCUCAAGUGGUCGUCUGUGCUACAACACGAUUCACAUCAAGAGCAUACAAUGUACCUUUUACUCCCGAUCAGAAUCGUUGGCCAAGUGGACUCCACCUCGCGGUUGACUACUAUCCCUCACAAUGGCCAGAGUACAUGUGGGAGCCAGACAUCGCCGCCAUGAAGGAUGCCAGUAUCAGUUAUGUUCGCAUCAGCGAGUUCGAUUGGGAAGUUCUGGAGCCCUCUGAGGGUGUAUACAACUGGACUCUGUUGGAUACAACGCUGGACCUGCUUGGCAAAUAUGGUCUGCAGGCUAUCGUAGGUACGCCAACCGCUGCUCCGCCCAACUGGCUGACUGAGAAAUACGAUGUCAACUUUGUGGAUCGGAUGAACCAGACCUUGAUCUUUGGUUCUCGGAGACAUUACAGCUUCUCAUCGUUUGACUACAGGACGCUCAGUCAAGGUAUUACACAAAAACUCGUUGAGAGAUAUGGCAACAACUCGAAUAUCGUCGCUUGGCAAUUGGAUAACGAGUUUGGCUGCCAUGACACAGUCCGCUCCUAUGACCACAACGCUAUCAUCAGAUUCAGGACAUGGUUGAAAGAAAAGUAUGGGACUAUCGAGAACAUGAACGAAGUCCAAGGUCGUGUAUUUUGGAGUUCACAAUACGUCAGUUUCGACACUGUUCAACCACCUUUCUUGAACAUCUACAUGCCAAAUCAAGCUCAACUGCUGGACUGGUACACAUUCAGCUCUGACAUGGUCAUCGACUUCGCCAAAGAACAAACCGCCAUUAUCAGACAACAUGCUCCGAGUCAUGCAAUCACUACCAACUUUAUGGUUAGCUUUACCGAUUUCGACCAUUUCAAGUUUAAUCGUGAGGUUGGUCUCGACUUUGCGACUUUUGAUAACUACCCUCUGGCUGGAGUUUCUGAUGGUGCUGAGUAUCUGCGGACUGGGUUGCCUGACUUGCAGGCUAUGCAACAUGCACUUUACAGUGGUAUUGCUGGUUCUGCUUAUGGCACCAAUCAUGGACCAUUUGGUGUCAUGGAAAUGCAACCUGGUGUAUUGAACUGGAAUACAUAUCGUGUCUCUCCGCUAGAGGGUAUGGUACGCCUUUGGACGCUUGAGACAUUUGCUGCCAAAGGUGAUAUGGUAAACUAUUUCCGCUGGAGACAGGUUCCCUAUGCACAAGAGCAAACGCUAGCUGGACUAUUUGUAUCUGACAACACCCCUGACGAAGGGUUCGGCGAAACCCAGGUUGUGGCCUCCGAGGACCUGCCUGUGUUACGGGCAGCUAUGAGUACAGUAGAGGCACAAGCAAGCGUAGCUCUGGUCUUUGACUACCCUUCGGUCUGGGUCUGGAAUAUCGAGCCAUACUCUGGAUCAUACUCGCCACAAGAUUCGGGAUUCGAGAACAUCGGUCUAGGCUACUUAGAUGUAGUUUCAUCUUUCUACACUUCCCUACGCCGUCUAGGUCUUGAUGUCGACAUCAUUUCUCCCGAGCAAGACUUGAGCAAUUACAAAAUGGUGGUUGUACCCAGUCUGCCCAUCAUCCCUACUACCUUCAACAACGCACUCUCCUCCUACAACGGCACUGUAAUCUUUGGUCCUCACUCUGGAUCUCGAACCCCUGACUUUGCUUACCCGCCUGGUCUUACCCCUUCAGCUGGUACAUUACGCGAUAGACUGCCUAUGAAGGUCACAAGAGUGGAAACACCGCCUUCGUAUGCCAACAGCGGAGUAUUCUAUGCAGACAAAACCUACAACAUCUCCUUAUGGGAAGAAAACAUCAUUUGCAGCAGAGACAACAAGACCAGCAAUUUCGCAAUCACAUCAACUUCCCAGCAUAGAAAAGGCAAACCCGCUGCUUGCGAGAAGAACGGGUUCCACUACUUGGCUUUCAACCCACCAGUUGAUCUUUUGGUCACUUAUCUCGGUGAUGUAGCUAGGGCAGCUGGAGUCCAAGAUGUGUUUGGUAGACUUGCCGCUAGAAAGAAUGAUUUGGGAGGAAACCUGAGAGUGUUGGAACGAGGUGGUUUGGUAUGGGCAUUCAACUAUGGAGCUGAAGAUGUAGAAGCACCGAGAGUCAAUGGAACAGUGGUGCUAGGAGGAAACAGCACGGUUAUGGAAGGAGCAGGUGUCAAGGUGUGGAAACUACACUGA